AUGGCCUCUCCUGCUCUCCAGAGUGUGUACAACACUCUCUUCCGCAAGAACUACGUCUUCCUCAGUUUCGUCUUCACCAGUGCUUUCGCCAUGGAGAUGUACGCUAUCUCCCCAACCAAUUUCACCUUGUGUCCAUUCCGGUCUAACCCGUCUGCAGCGNCUUUCGACAACGCCUCCAACAGCCGUCAAUGGAAGGACCUCAAGCAGAAGUACAUGGAGAACGACGACGAGUAA